AUGUUCGUGCUUUUUUUGGGCCGAGCCGACGCGGUUGCGUUGGCGGCGUUGUCCCCGACUACAGGUGACGGGGGUCGUGGCUUCAACCCCGACCUCCAAGAAAACACAAUAAAGAGUCGGAAAAAGGGCUGGGUGUGCCGGAUUUCGCAUAAAUAGAAGCGGUCUCGGAUGUCUUGGCAACAAACCCGAGCGCCGGACAUCCGGUCGGUGGGUCCCCGGCGCUUCUCCCCUCCUCCCAUUCACUUCGAACCUGGCUCGGCGCUCGCAUUCACGGCACGUUGUUGUCCAUGCUCUCCAAUUACGAGUCGCGUCGUUUGGAUCACAUAUGCCAGCGAUUGUGGAGCAGCAAGCAGGCGGAUAUGGGCAAAAAUAAGUUCAGCGUGGAGUUUCUGUUGAGUGCAGAGAAUGGCAUAGAGGAUGAUAAAUCAAGGUAAGGACAGCCGAUGUUAUACUGGAUUGGGGCAGCCGAAAAUUUCAAAAAGUCAAAAAAUUUCGCUUUUAACAAGUAAGUAAGUUUAAACUUGCAAGAUCAUAACUAAUUCAAAUCAAACUCUCUUUUGGCCUUAAAAAUCAUGAUUUCAGUCAAUUCAAAGCUCUGAUUCACUCAUUAAAUUUUUUAAGCCAUAUCGCUGUUUCAUGUUUAUUGGCUGUUGAAAUCACUAUUAGAUCAUGUUCACGUUGUUACCAAAAUCGUUAUUCUCCCCGUCCAUGACCCCAAACUUUAACCUCAAGUCCCCGGAAUCUUCUACAGUAUACCGGUUGCCAGGCCAACCCAACCAUUUUUGUUAGGCCCAACGACUUUGGAUUUUUGGCCGCGCCAAAAAAACAAAAAAGGCAUUGAAAAGACUACGAACAGGGAUACAAAUGAAUAUUUAAGUGGUCUGUCUCAUCAUUCCUUCUUUCAGCAAAUCAGAGAAUAUUCAAAAGCUUGAGAAGACCAUCCACAAACCGCACAAAUCCUCCUCGACCGAAUGCCUGAGGCCAUUUUGCAAAUUGAAAAAGCGAGUUCAUUUCCAUUGCAACUUUUGUGAACAAGGAUUCAGCACCAAACAACGGUUACUGCCACAUAUCCAGAAGCAUCUGACCCGGCGAAACAAGGCCAUAAUGGCCGAAAAGCAAAAAGAACUCAAAUGA